AUCGCACGCACUGCGCGGCCCGAUUCAACAACGGAGGGGAGCAUUCCGAAGCAUCCCGCAGAGAGAACACGUGAAGCCGGAAAGCCUCGUGGCUUGUGACAGCUGGUGAUUUAACAACUUGCAUUUGAAUGGAAGCCUUGCCGAAUCGACUUAAUUAACGACGAAACACAGUUCUCACGGCAAGACGCGACAAUGAGCGCCCUUUCGCGCGCAGUUGUGGCCGUUUGUGCCUUUCUCUCUGUGUCCCGUGCUGCAAUAGACACGUCUUACAAGGAGUACAAGUUCCGGACAAAGUUAGACCACUUUGCCUUUCACAACAAUAAAACAUUCGAGAUGCGCUAUGUCAUGGCUGAUCAAUAUUGGGACCAUGACGGCGGACCAAUAUUUUUUUACACUGGAAAUGAAGAUGAGGUGGAAAACUUCAUUGUAAACACGGGUAUCGUGUGGGACUGGGCACCGGAGUUCAAUGCCCUCGUAGUGUUCGCCGAGCACCGCUUUUAUGGCCAGUCGCUACCAUUUGGGAAUAAAUCAUAUGAGAGUCCUCACAACCUUGGCUACCUCACGUCUGAACAAGCUCUAGCCGACUACGCAGACCUCAUUCUGCACCUGAAGUACACCAUGCCCGGAGCCGAGAAGAGUGCUGUGGUCGCCUUCGGUGGCUCCUACGGAGGCAUGCUGGCAGCCUGGUUCAGGGUGAAGUUCCCGCACCUUGUGACUGCGGCACUCGCCGCUAGCGCUCCUAUCAAUAUGUCUCCGGGCCUUGUACCAUGCGGCAAGUUCGACGAGGCUGUGACGGCUGCGUACGAACGGGAAUCCGAACUGUGCUCAGCCGCCAUCCGGAGAUCAUGGACCGAGCUGCAGAAGCUGGGAUACUCUGUGGCUGGCUGCGAACAGCUGAGGCAGAAGUUUGGCCUCUGUCAAAGUUUGCACCCGAGCAACUACACGCUCCUCAGGGAUUGGAUCAAGGAGGUCUACGCGACACUGGCCCUGGUCAACUUUCCCGAGCCCUCCGAUCUCGUUGGAGCUGUGCCCGGUAAUCCUGUACGGGCCGCGUGCGAAGGCCUGGUGAACGCUCCAGCCCACAACAGGUCGGCCUUGGUGGACGCUGUUGCGAGGGCUGUGAACGUCCUGUUCAACAGCACCGGACAGCGCAGCUGCAAUGACCUGCUCAUCUACGAACGUAAUCUCACUAGUUACAAUUUCCAGACUUGCAACGAACUGAUGACGGCGACUUGCGGUAACGGCGUGACCGACAUGUUCUUCCCGUACACGUGGAACGCCACUGCCGAGAGGGAGCGAUGCCAGCAGCAGUUCGGCAUCACGCCAGAUUUCUACCGCACCAUCAUGCUCUACGGCGGGGACAGCUUUGACACGGCUACAAACAUCAUCUUCAGCAACGGCGAGCUCGACCCGUGGUCAGUGCUGGGCGUUCUCGAGCCCCCAUCGGACGACGUGGUGGUCCUCAUGAUCCCGGGCGCCGCUCAUCACGCGGACUUGAGGUUCGCGCGCCCGAACGACCCGCCGGAAGUGGUACGGACACGCCAGAUCGAGAAGGCCUACAUCCGACGGUGGAUAGCCGAGGCCGACGAAGCGCCCGAAGACACUCGGAAACAGAUACUGGUGUCCAGGAUCGCCGGGAAGAAGAAGAAGCAAAGGAGGAAGACGCUGAUCAAGCAUCUUCUUUUCAGAUUUCCUGACAACAAAUGUUUUCACGUACUGCGCCGGAUCCCUUUAGAGACAAUGGACACUUUUUUACCCCUGCUUAUGCUUACCAUUUCUCCUUGGGUAUUCACCGAGGCAAAUGAUAUUUCUUACAAGGAACUAAGAUUCAGGACAAAGGUGGACCACUUUGCCUUCCACAAUAACAAGACCUUCGAGUUGCGCUACCUAAUGGACGACAGGUACUGGGAUCACGACGGCGGACCCAUUUUCAUCUACACUGGCAACGAGAACAUGAUUGAAGUCUUCGCAGAGGCCACGGGUGCCCUGUGGGAGUGGGCUCCCGAGUUCGGCGCUCUCGUGAUCUUCGCGGAGCACAGGUUCUUCGGCAAGUCGCUUCCGUUCGGCAACGAAUCAUUCGAGAGUCCCGACAAGCUGGGAUACCUGUCGAGUGACCAGGCCUUGGCCGACUAUGCCGACCUAAUUCUGCACCUCAAGUACACCCUGCCCGGAGCCGAGAAGAGUCCCGUGGUCGCGAUCGGUGGCUCGUAUGGUGCCAUGCUCGCUGCCUGGAUGAGGCUCAAGUACCCGCAUCUUGUCGACGGAGCGCUGUCGUCUGGAGGGCCGUUCAACAUGCCGCCAGGCCUCGCUCCAUGCUCAACGUACAAUGAAGCGGUCACUAAGGCUUACAGGAGCGCGUCUGAGCAGUGCGUCGUCGCCAUCCGGAAUUCGUGGUCUGUUAUGGAGAGACUUGCUUCCACAGAGGCAGGUUCAAGGUAUCUGCAAGAAAAGUUCAAAACGUGCCAGCCGCUGCAUCCCAGCAACUACACAGUGUUCAGAGACAUGUUGCGUGACACGUACGGCGUGCUGGCGAUGUCAAACUACGCCGAUGAAUCCGAGCUGGUGGGAGCACUACCGCCAAAUCCCGUCAAGGAGAUCUGCAAGCACUUUAUCAAUGCCCCAAAAACGAAACAGGGAUUGGUGGAUGCCGCUGCUGAUGCUAUGUCAAUGUUUUUCUCUGGGAAGGAAGGACGACCGUGUCUCGACGUUUACCUGUACGAGAGAAACCUCGCGAGCUAUCAGUUUCUGACUUGCAACGAACUCAUGCAGCCGUUUUGCGGCAAUGGCGUAAGCGACAUGUUCUAUCCGUACACCUGGAAUGCAUCGGCUGAGAGAGAAAGGUGCCAACAAAAGUUCGGCAUCACACCGGACUUUUACAGAACCGUCAUGAUGUUCGGAGGGAGCAAGUUCACCACAGCGACCAACAUCAUUUUCAGCAAUGGCGAGCUGGACCCUUGGUCGGCUCUGGGCAUUCAAGAGCCUCCGAACGACGACGUUGUCGUGAUCGUUAUACCCGGUGCGGCGCAUCACGUCGACCUGCGCUUCGCAUCUCCAACUGACUCGCGAGCCGUGAAGCAAGCCAGAGUUAUCGAGAAGAACUAUAUACGGCAAUGGAUUUCCCAGGAUCCUCCAGGGUCACAACUAAAGAAGAACGGCCCUCGAGUCAUCACUCGAAGAGAUAGAACCAGCUUCUUCAACGCGUAUAGGUUUUAGGCCAACUGUUUGCCCUCGUCACUAUGCGCAACCCAUGACUUCUAACUAGGAAAGAGACUCAGGGAAUGUCCUGUAGGAGGUGUAUCUCGGUCAUUUGGAAUGUCGUUUUUUUUAUGUGCGUGGACGCAGCAAUCUACGGCGAUCGAUAUCGAUAAAUCUUCUCACAAUAACGGCCAGUUACCUGCUUGUUGCCCUAAGUUCACAUGCUUCGACCAUCGCCGUAGCACAGGUACCUUGUGCUCUGCCUCAUAUUGUCGGAAAACUUACAAAAGCCCUUAAAUGCCGUCGUGACGGGCUUCUAACUGAUACGUUUUCUAACAACCAAUGCACGGUACGUGGCCUAUUUUUAAACGCAUGAAAAUGUUUGUACAGACGCGUUUGGUCUUUCACGUUUCACAAUGACGCUAUCUUGACGAAACUGGGCACGAGAUCAAUAAUUUUUUGGUGCAACAGUAAAAAAUGGCGGCACCCGUGAACCAAAAAAAAAAUCGUCAGUAUAAAUGGUCAGCGCAAACCUUGUCAGCAAAGGUUUAUCUGCUAGUGAGCUUUCAGACCCAGUACGGAUAAGACUUUGAGCGAUGACACUGCCUGCUCUCUCUCUUUUUUAAUUUUUAGUCACUGAGGUGAACCUUCCCGCUAAAGCACGGUACUGUUAGUCGUUAAUAUGCACUCGCUUUUUUUUUAGUUUAUUCGCUGUCAAAGAAGAAACAAAUAUGACAGACAUGUCUUGAAGCACGAAUAAGAUGGUCUACAUACAUACCAUUCUCGUUGCAUUACUUUGACGUUGAAUACUUGGAAGUAUACUCAGAAAUAAGUCCUAUAAAUGAAUGCACGCAAACGAGGGUACAGAAAAAAGAGAACCUGACCAUCCUGACCCUACACGUCGGGGUGCCACGGUGUUCUGCCAUUAUAGUUAUUCCUCUCAUGAGUUGUGACAACUAAAGCUAAUUACGUUUUUAGAUUAGAAUAAUAAACGCGGAGACAAAGAUAAUUUCGUGACACACGUACUAUAUGGAUUCACAGCGGUUGAUUUAAUUCUCCUUUCGUUCCCAUGGCAACUCGCACUAGCAAGCGGCAGUUUUUAGUGAGCCAAACAUUGUUGUUAUUAUGCAGAGCAAUAAUUGUUUGCUAAAUCUCUAGUUUUGUACAAUGACGUUUUCUCACGAUUUUUUAUACAUGAGUGCGCGUACCUUGUCAGUUUGUCUCCUUGCCAUGAUUUAUAGGAAUCGAAUCAAUAAAAUAUUUAAGCUGAUCACCUAUAACUAUCUGAAUAUUGCAAACAC